UGGCCCGGCCCCGGGGGCGGCGCGGGCGCAGGCGGGCGGCGGGCAGCGGGCAGGCGGAGCAGCAGCGGCGAGCGAGGAGGGGGCGACGGCCCGGCGGGGCUGGCUGGGGGCGCCUGAUGAGCCUCAACGAGCACUCGAUGCAGGCGCUGUCCUGGCGGAAGCUCUACCUCAGCCGGGCCAAGCUCAAAGCCUCCAGCCGCACCUCGGCGCUCCUCUCCGGCUUCGCCAUGGUGGCCAUGGUGGAAGUCCAGCUAGAUGCGGAACAUGACUAUCCUCCAGGACUCUUGAUAGCCUUCAGCGCUUGCACGACCGUCCUGGUGGCCGUCCACCUCUUUGCCUUGAUGAUCAGCACUUGCAUCUUGCCCAACAUUGAGGCCGUCAGCAAUGUCCACAACCUCAACUCGGUCAAGGAGUCGCCCCACGAGCGCAUGCACCGCCACAUUGAGCUGGCUUGGGCCUUCUCCACCGUCAUCGGGACUCUGCUCUUCUUGGCUGAGGUGGUGCUUCUCUGUUGGGUCAAAUUCCACCCGCUGAAGAAGAAGACGGGCCCCGACAUGCAGGCCAGCAACGGCACCAUCACCGCCGGUGAGGCUGCAGCAAUCACCUCCACCACCAUCAUGGUCCCCUUCGGGGUGGUCUUCAUCAUCUUUGCCGUCCACUUUUAUCGUUCGCUGGUGACUCACAAGACGGAUCGUCAGUUCCAGGAGCUGAACGAGCUGGCCGAGUUUGCCCGCUUGCAGGACCAGCUGGACCACAGAGGGGACUCCUUACCAUCUCCCGGCGGCCAUUAUGCCUAGAAAAGUGCCCUUGGGUUGGGAAGAUCAAAGAUGAUGGAGCCAACCAAGUUCUUCUGAACUUUCCGGGCCUGAAUUUGUUUGAGCUGCAAUCUCCGCGUAGGGAGAGAAGUUACAGUAGAAACUGGACGGUGACUUCUUAGGGCUUUUAAGAAGUAAUAAUAAACCAAUAAAAGGCAAAAGAAUUGUUCUUGUCAAAUUGUGGAAUACGAACAUCUAGGAUUCCUGCCUGUCGCCCACCGCUCUCCUGGCCCUUGCUGUGAUCCGGGUUUGUUUCCUUUGAAGUGGUUCAUCAACAGAGAAAAUGCAAAAAAAAUAAAUAAAAAAAUUGACGUUGGGUGGGUGGGGUAAUUAGAGAUCUGAAGGGAAGUAGUUUACCUUGGACUCUUUUGUGUCAAAUAACAGGCUGGCUGGAGUCGUGCACUGCCUGGAGGCAGAAGUUCUUGAGAACAUCCAGGGUCUAAGUUUGGUUUUGUUCACUGAUUGAAGCAAAACAGGCAAGAGAGAGACACUCAGAGCCGCCCCCAGCCACAGGUCAGCCCGUAACCAGCUUCUAAAGAAGCAGAUUUUCCUUUUUAAAAAGAAACCCAAAGCCCUGGUUUCUAGUCCUCAUUGAGGCAGAGAUAGAUUUAAAGACCCAUCUAUUCUGCCUGUUGAAUUUUUUUACAGUUUUGUGGGGAGUGAACACGCAAUCAGGCCUGGGAGAUUUUUUUAUACUCUUCAUUUUUCCUACCACUCCCAGAUUUAAGAGAGUUCAGAAAAGUCAGUGUGUGUUUCCCCAGGGCUUUUGUCAGAAUCUGGUUUCCAUUUUUGCAGAAGAGGGGACAUUUUUUUGCCAGUCUUCCAUAAUUUCUUUUAGGAACAGAAGGCACAAUAACUCUGAAUCUACCAGGGAAAGGCGCACAAAACUCUGGGUUUGUGUGUGCAUGUAUGUGUGCAUAUGUAUCAGGAAAGCAUUAUUGCUCGGCAUGAGUCAUUUAUAUUCCCACCUUGCAGAAUUCUGUUUGAAAGAAAGCUUCUGUGCUAAAACCCUUGCCCAGUGAAGCUGGACAAGGGUCAGAAAAGAGACGGAAGAGCUAUUUGUUCGGUGGGCUUCCUGAUCAUUUAGAAGCAGACGUUCCUCCUGUAUCUAGUGCUGCCUUGACAGAGUUUGCAUUUUGUUUAAAUGACUACUGGAACAUCUCAGAGUGGUUUAACCACUGGUUUACCCUAUCAUUUUUUUAAUCUGGGGUUCUUGAAUGCUGGGCUUAGACAUCUCGGCUGCUAAUCCAAUUCAGAGACACUGGGGUGGUUGACUGUUGGGUUUCCCGCAAAAACGUUGGGCUUUAUCCUCUCUUGAAAAUAAAGAUGGGGGGCUUUUACUUGUUUAGCAGGUCUCUUACUCUAACCCUAACCUACUGCAAAGUCCACGAGAGAGGAGAGACCUGGAAUGUUAUAUCAGAAAUGAAAGAAAACAAGCUUUCUUCUUCAACAGACUGUAAGGACCAAAACAGUAGCUUUGAUAGCCACAAGCUGCCCCCAUUCCGGCAGCCGUUGGGUGUGGGUUAGAGACUUCCUUCCUGAGAAAACAGUGAGAAAAACAGGUUGGGGAGGGGGAGUUGCUGCCUAGGUGGGAUUCGGGGCCAGGAGUUCCAAAAAGACUGGGAAACUGACCGGAGCAAGCUGCUGCCCAUCCCAAAGGGUUUGGUUGUAGUUUAGAGCCAAUGGUUGCACUGAAUUAUUAAUGCAAUGGAGGAAAUCACUGAAUCUCUUCUCUAUCUCAUCCGAUCAGCUGAAUUCGAUUUAAGGUUUUUUGCUGCGUUAAUGUGAAGCAAGGACCUCCGAUGCUCUGCUCACGGCCCAGAGUAGGUGUCUUCUCUGGAAAUGGAGUGGUUCUCUGCAUGCAAAAAUAGGGGCAUGCAAAAAUGGGGUGCACAAGGCUUUGUCUACCCCAGGUGUACUUGGGAACUUCAAUUCCCAGAAUACACCAGCCAGAAAUUCUGGGAGUUGAAGUUCACAAACCUUAAAAGUUACCCAAGCUGGACACAUCUGGUCUAUUCUCUACCCUUAAAAGAAAACAAAAUACUGCAUUUAUUAGAUUUUUUUGGCACUUUGUACAGGACUCCCCAGAGACAUAUUUCCAGUUAUUCAUUUAACUCCCCCCCCCAACAUUUUGGGUAAGAUUUCAGGGUCAUACUUGCUGGAGAGCACAAGGUUGCAAAUUCAAACUCAGGUGUUCCUCAACCAAUCAGGGGGCUCCAAAAGAGAAUAUUUUUAACCCUUAUGUUAACUGAGUGACUGGUAGACAAGGAAAAAACAACUGAUUUUUUUCCUUUGGAAACGGCUAUCAUGUAAAAAUAGUUCUUAAUAAAAAAAACAAGAGUGAAUAUAUAUUUAUCAAUAAGAAUAAAUUAGAGAGAAGUACUGUACUAA